AUGGGGCGGCUCUUCCUGAUGCACCUCGAGGGGAACGCCUACAGCUGCAAGUUCUGCCGCACCCACCUCGGCCUCGCCGCCGACAUCAUCUCCAAGAACUUCCAUUCCAAGCACGGCAAGGCGUAUCUCUUCAACAGGGUUGUCAAUGUUACAUCUGGUACAAACGAGGAUCGCAUGAUGAUGACAGGGCUGCAUACCGUUUCCGAUAUCUUCUGUGUUGGUUGUGGAUCCAUUGUUGGAUGGAAAUAUGAGGCUGCACAUGAGAAGAGCCAGAGGUACAAGGAAGGAAAGUUCAUUCUGGAGAGGUUUAAGGUGUCGGGCCCUGAUGGUAGCCACUACUGGGGGGUGACACAUGAUGCUCAUCAUGGGGGUGGAAGCGACACCGACGACUUAUGA